UCAUCCCCUAUCUGAUUAUCUCUAUAAUAAUUUUGUGAAAUUGGUUGGUUUCAGUAAUAUAAGCAGUUGAGUCUUAAUUUAAUUUUGAUACAUGUCAUAAUAUAUGAAGAGUGGAAUGAAUAACAGCAGUAGUGCGACUAGCAGAUGGGGAUCGAUGUUUGGGACAAAAACAACAGUAACCCCAAGGAAAAAUGGAGAUGACCAAGAUGAUCUUCUACUAUUUGGAGAAAUCCAUAAACGAAGCGAGAAAGAGAGAAGUAAUAAUCUUCUUCAGCCCAUUUCAUCUGAUCACGAUUUGCUUGAUUACUCGGUUUCAGAUCCAAAUUCAGGUAGUAAUUAUCCACUGUAUUCCGCGAAAAAAAUCAACGGAAUGGAAGGCAUGAAUGAUUAUGAUUGGCUAAAAACACCACCAGCAACUCCACUAUUUCCAUCUUUAGAGAUGGAAAUGGAUCCAGAAUUUGUCAUUCAAAGAGAAAUCCCUAUUCUCCAACCUCCUCUUACCAGGUUUUCAGUGAACAACCUAGAAUCAAAGCUGAAUCAUCGACCCAAAUCACCAACAAAAGCAGCAGAGAUUAAGGAGCCCUCUCUGUUGGCAACUCCAACAAAUUCAUCAACACAACCUAACAGUAACGCUCCUAAUCCUGCAUCAACCUCUGCCUGUAACAGUCAUAACAAUUAUGGUUUUCACGACCUAACGUCCCGUAAUAUAUCUCUUACGAUCUAUAAUACUAGUGACCAGGACGAAAAAGAUUCAGUAUCAUCAGCAAUCUCGAGAUCAAAUAAGUAUUUCCCUAGACAAGGAAUUCAUGAUAAUCUUCAUCGGACGCCACCUAAUUUGACUACUGCUAGUAGUACUAGUACCCGCUCUUCUUCUGUGUCAAGGGCUAGACCUAAUUGGCAACAACAAUCAUCUGGAUAUUCCUCAGGUUUAAGGAGCACUAGUACAGCGAAAGAUCGUCCCUCUUCCGCCUCAAGGGGAAGUAGAUAUAACAACAACAGCACUAUCAAUGAUAACAAUCCAGCAAAAUCACUGUCAGCUGAUCAAGAUCAACGCCUGAGGACUGUCGCUAACACCAGUAGUCGAUCUUCUUCUGCAUCAAAGACUCGACUUAACAACAACAUAAACAAAUUAUCCUCAUCAACUGAUGAAGAUCGUCAUCUCGGUAAUCAACAACAUUCACAUGUAAAACCUCCAAGGCAAUCAGUUUCUCCAAGUAUGACAAGGGGAAGAAAUUCCAUCAGCAUACGUGAUCAUAAGCAGCCUGAAAUAAACAAUGAGCAUGCAUCAACAACAAUUGUGAGCAGUAGAGGGAGAAAUCAUCCAUCAUCAGGAGGAAGUAACAAUCGAUCAUCACAUAAUCUCUUCGGAAGUAAAAUGGUGGAUAAGGUGAUGAAUGCAAGAAGGUCAACAACAUUAUCAUCAGUAGCUGUUGUAAAUCAGGAGAGAGAAAUAAGUCAUAAGCAAAACGCUAGGGGAUUCGCCUCCUCCUCCUUGAUGAUUAACAAUGAGGUCGCUGGUUUCAGAAAAUCAUCACCGUCAUCGGCUGCCCAAAACCAAGAUAAGUUUGAAAGUUCCACUUCCUCUUCUUCUUUACCCAUCAGCAAUGAGAAACCAAGGGCAGGAAUACUUAAAACUUCAUCUGAUAUGGCUCUCCGGGACAGCAAGGAUACAAGAGAAAUAAAUCAUCAAGCAGCAAAUUUAACAAGAAAUGUCAAAAACAGUAAACAUGAUCAUUCCAGCAUCAGACGCGCCAUCGAACAAAGUAGGGUGUGCAUGAAUGUAGAAGUAAUCAAACUAACCACUGUAACUGGAGAUAAAAAGGAGAAAAGGAAAUUUACAGUCAGGGGAGAGAAAUAAUCAUGCAGAAUAUUGCACGUUUUGUGUUGAAUUCAGUAUGUAUUCUUCAGUGAUCAACACUUCAUCGAAAUGCUUUAAAGUGUCCGAUUAAAAACAUAUUAUCUCUUGUGUAUACAAUUUAGUACUUGUUUAUUUACUUUUCUUCUAUUUGUGUGUUGUCCUUUUCUAUUUACCUAGUCAUUUUUUGAAAGAAAAAGUGAUACAAAUAAAAAAUUAGAAAGUAAGACAAACAAAACCAACCAUUUUUUCUUUUUUGUAGAAUAUAGAACAUAAGGGAUUUUAUUUUAUUUUUUGAUAUUUUUUUUUGGCAAACAAAACCAAAUAAACAUGAGCAUGUGGGAGAGCAAUUUGAGAACAAGAAGCAUCAAAAAGUUGUGAAAGUAAAAAUAAAAAACAUACUUAUCUUGAGAAUGAGUUCAUUCCAAAUGCCAAAUUUUGUUUAUGUGUUAUAAUUAAAAAGUAAGAUAUCAUUCAAGCUAGGUUUUAUGAUCGAAACGUGGUCCCA